ACAACCAACAGCGAUGGGGAACCCAACACUGGUCCUGGCCGUCAUCCUGGCCAUAGCAGUGGGAUCCCACCACGAAGCAGAAAGUUCACCUGUCGGCAACAAAAUCACGAAAAGGGCAGUUCCUGUCUUUCUGGCAGCAGCAGCGAAAGAGAUAGGAGGAAAGGUCGUCAGCAAGCUUGGCGACAGGAUCGCGGACGGUGUAGUGGAGAACCACCAGGAGAAGGUGGUGAGUGGUCUGCAGGACUACCUGGGGAAACAGAUGGACAAGUUCGACGAUGAGUACAAAGAACUGCUGAAGGACACCAGUGGGCUGGCAGCGGGUUUGAAUCGGCCGGUAGAGGAG